GUUGUUUUGAACUGUAGUGUCGAAUGUCGAUAUAACAAGAAUUUACCUAAAACUUUGGUAAAAAUACAUAGCUGUUAUCUUAUUGCAAAACAAAUAAAUUAAUAAUGGCUAAAAAAGGCAAAGUGAAGAUAAGUAAAAUUAAAAGAAACAAUCAGACUACAAAUAAAAUGAAGAAACAGGGUCAAUUACGCCUUCAGAGACAUAGGAACAAAGUUCAGAAGCAAAAGCAGCCAGUGCAGGCUCAGCAACCAACAUAUAGCAGUGACAGUGAAUCAGCAUCUGGAGACGAAUGGGCCGAUAUGCUGGACGAAGAAGAACAGAAGUACAUAAUGGCACGACUGGCAAAACAACCUCAUCUACUGUCUAAUGUGCCUGAAGAAGAGAAGAAUGAUACUAAAAAACCUAAAAAGCGCAAAAGAAUAAGUAUGAACCAAACUGCAGCAGAUAUGGAUCUAAGCAGUGAUAGUGGAGCUGAUACUGAAACUGAUAACAGUGAUGUGGAAGAGAAAUAUGAGAUGGAGAUGGCAGAGCGGCCUGUGAAACGACUUCGUCCAUUAUUACCUAUCAAAACUAAAGAUGGGUUUUUGGAAAGAGCAGAAGAGUGUGAAGAUACGGAUUCAGAUCAGGAACAAACAAAUGAAGCUCCAGCAUCUGAGAGCAAAGAUGAAGUACUUCAGGAUGCUGACUCAGAUUCGGGGAUGGAGGGAACAGGGGAAGAAGGUGAAGCAUCUGAGGAUGUUGUUACAACUGUGGAACUGUUAGCAGCAAGAAGAGAUAAGCUAAGACAUGAGAAGUUAAGAAUUGGAGCACUUUGUUCAUCAUUGCUCGAAAACCCAGAGAAAAAGUUAAAGAACCUGUUCCCGAUACUGUACCUGAUGGAAGAGCACCUCAAGGACGGCACCCCGAACCUGGUAUCGGUGAGAAAGCUGGCUGCUCUGUCCGCCGCAGAGGUAUUUCGUGAUAUACUGCCAGACUACGCUAUUCGCCACCAGGACUACUCCGACGUGAAAUUGAAAAAGGACACUUUGGCGCUAUACAAGUAUGAGAAAGAGCUCUUGGAGUUCUACAAGAGAUAUCUGCAACGGUUGGAGAAAGCCGCUUUCGUUUUAAGACGAAAGAAAGGUGAUAACAGAAAGCUGGAGGAUUCAACCAAAAGUCUGGCCCUGGUUGCUCUCCGGUGUAUGUGCAUGCUUCUGUCUUCCCGGCCACAUUUUAACUUCGCGCCAAACAUCGCGCAAAGUGUGAUCCCGUUCCUCGACUGUCGCGAAGCGGAGGCUCGGGCAACUGUAGCUGCAUGCUGCUCGGAAGUAUUCGCUGAAGACAACAAGGGUGACAUCACACUUAAGAUUGUGAGACUAAUAAGUCAACUAGUAAAGAAGCGAGGAGAGAGACUACACCCGUCGGCCCUAGACUGCCUGCUCACUCUCAAGAUACGUGAUGUGGACCUGGAUGCCGAGGCAGACCUCAAGCACAAGAAGCGGCAAGAAGAGAAGCACAAGAAGAGGAUCGUCAACUUGUCCAAGAAGGAAAAGAAGCGAGUAAAGAAGCUUAAAGAAGUGGAACGGGAGCUUCUAGAAACAGAAGCGCGGGAGAGCGAGGAGGCCCGCAAGAAGCAGCUGACGGAAGUGACCAAGACGGUGUUCCACAUCUACUUCCGCAUCCUCAAGAACGCGCCCAGGUCGCAACUGCUGGAGGCUGUCCUCAACGGGUUGGCCAAAUUCACGCACGUGAUCAACGUGGAGUACUACUCGGAGCUGGUGGGGCUGCUGUCGCGGCUGUGCGGGGAGGAGGGGGCGAGCUCGCGGCUGCGCCUGCAGUGCGCGCGCACCGCGCUGGCCGUGCUGGCGUCCGCCGGCGACGCGCUCAGCUUCGACCCCGCGUACUUCCACGCCUUCAUCUACACGAACUCACUCGCCGUGCACGCGGGCGCAACUUCGGAGGACGCCAAGAUAAUCAUAGAGGCGGUGACGCAGAUCUGUUCGCGAGCUCGGCGCGUGUCUGGCGAGGUGCUGCAGGCGUUCGCCAAGCGGCUGGCCACGCUCGCCACGCAGCUGCCGCACAACGCCGCACUCGCCUGCUUGCAGCUGCUGCACAACCUGCUGCAGAGCAGUACCGCGGUGCAGUCGCUGUUGGACGCGGAGGAGGCGAGUGCUGCGGGACGCUAUGAUGCGACGCUGCCCUCCCCCGAGCAUUGCUGCGCGCGCGGCGCCGCGCUGCACGAGCUGUGCGCGCUGCGCCGCCACCACCAGCCCGCGCUGCGCGCCGCCGCCGCCGCGCUGCUGGCGCGCAAUGCUCCGCUGCAUAACAGGACACCAAUACAAAUCUACGAAGAGUACGACGGCUCGCAGAUGGCGUUCAAACCAGCAAUCCCACCUCCCAAACGGAACGAGCAGAGCAACAAGCGACCACAACACGCCCACGUGUGGGCACAGGCUGACUUCAAGAAACAUUGUGAAUCUGUCGAUAAUAGUGUCCAGUUAAUUUUCAGCGAGAAUGUAAGAUGAUUAUUUAUUAAAAUAAAACCACAGAAUAUUU